GCGAGUUCCACAACGGCCACAUUUUAGAAUCAUGGAGUGCGUCGACGGCACCGACGACGCGGGUCUGCACCGCGCGAAUCUCGAGGUGAUCGCACAGAAGAUUCUGCAUGAGAUGACGUUGGCCGCCGAGAAAGCGCACGUAAACAACGCACCGCAGUUGAAGAAGAAUGUGUCCGUGCACGAUAUGCACAAGAUUCCUUUGGACACGAAGCAAAUCCUCGAACCAGCGAGCAAUGCAUCGUGGCAGUUAAUGAAGCAAUCACAUUUCGAGCAAUUCGCAAGUUUGCCCACAGGGUGGAGCGACACACUCGAAGCCCUGCAAGCGCAUUGGGAUUGGACCUUUGAAGACAUCAUCCACCUCGAAUGCGCGCUCACGCACUUUAGCCGGUUUCGGUCCAACACGAUAAUCCAUUUCCCGUCGAAUCGGAUCGCGAAUCGGUCGCUGGAAUGGCUCGGGGACUCGAUCCUCAACACAUGCGUCGCGAUCUACCUCUUCCAGUCGUACCCGCUCACGCAGGAAGGGCAGCUGACGCAGCUUCGAUCGGCGUUGAUCAACAACUCGAUCUUGUCGCAAGUGUCGACGCAGCUGAAUUUACCCCCCGCGAUCCUCACGGGGUCUCGCGUGGCGCAGUCCGAAGAGGAAGAGACCGACGCCGCCAUCAGCAUGCGCCAAACCAUCUACGCCAGUGCCGUCGAGUCGCUCAUUGGCGCCGUGUUCCUCGACCAGGGCAUGUCACGCGCGAUGGAGUUUGUCAACACCCGCGUGCUGCCCGUGGCCAUUGACUUGGCGACGAACUCGAGGAACUGGGACCCCGUGAGCGAAUUGCAGCGACGUCUCACGUCGCAAAAGCGAUCCGUGCGCUACGACCGGUCCAAGGAUGAGUUGGUGCACGACGUGACCUUGUACGUGGACAACAAGCUCAUCAUGCGCGAAACGGGAGCCAACUUUAAGGACAUCCAGCGAUCCAUUGCGAACCACGUGCUCGACGUACUGGAAGAAACCCAUCCCGAACUCAAGUUCGACUAGUAGUAGGGACUAGUAGGUACUAGUUCCCAUCACGUGAUCGUCCGUGCUGCGCUUUUGAAGGUGUUAUACUAAUUCUAUGUCACUCUUAUUUUAACAGUAAAUAGUUAAUAAUAAAAU